AUUGAAUGUGCACCCUCUAUUUUGCCACAGAAAAAGUAUUGCGAUAUUACGGGUUUAGAAGCAAAAUACACAGAUCCCAAGACCGGAUUAAGAUACCACAACGCUGAAAUCUACCAAUUUAUUCGCACACUAAGUGUACCCAAUGUACAAGCCUAUCUAGCGAGUCGAAAUGCUGCCGUUGUUCUUAAAUAA